AUGUCUGUUAUAUCAGUUGUUUCCAACUGGUGUCCCCCGUUGCGACCCCCAAGUAGUUCAACUUCCUUGACCCACAUGGAGGAUUAUAAGAAGGAAAAUGGAAGGUUAACGUUGGGUGAUCGCGUAUAUGUCAGAGGCCCUCCAACAACCACCGAAUUACAUACAACGGUAACUAAGCUGCCCACCAGGGAAAAAGUAACUACACUGCCACCUAAUUCCACUAAACAACCAACGACUACAAUGCAGCCAAAACCACAGAAAACUACCGCAGUUAUAUCAACUACCGAGUUACCAAAAACCACUGAGCAAACAAUCAUAGCAUCAACAAUAACCACUGACUCACCAACGACAGAAAAUCAACGAACCACACAGUCACCAAAAACCACUGAACAAUUAACAACCAAAGUCUCGCUAACAACCACGGUGUCACCAACAACAAAAGUAGAACCAACCACACAACCAACAGCAACCACCGCACAACCAAUCACCACGAUGUCACAAACAACUACUGUGUCACCAACGACCUCUGAGCAACCAACAUCCACAAUCUUACAAACAACCACUGUGUCACCAAAAACAUCGGAACAACCAACAACCACUAAUGAACCAAUAACCACAUAUUUACAAACAACCACUGUGUCAGUAACUACCUCAGAACUACCAACUACUCAUGAACCAACAACCACAAUUUUACAAACGACCACUGUGUCACCAACGACCUCUGAGCAACCAACAACCACUGAUAAACCAACAACCACAGAUUUACAAGCAACCACUGUGUCACCAACGACCUCUGAGCAACCAACAACCACUCGUGAACGAACAACCACAACCGUGUCACCAACGACCUCUGAGCAACCAACAACCACUGAUGAACCAACAACCACACAUUUACGAACAACCACCGUGUCACCAACGACUUCCGAGCAACCAACAACCACUAAUGAACCAACAACCACAGUUUUACAAACGACAACUGUCUCACCAACGACCUCUGAGCAACCAAAAACCACUGAUGAACCAACAACCACAGUUUUACAAACAACCACCGUGUCACCAACGACCUCUGAGCAACCAACAACCACUAAUGAACCAACACCAACAACCACUGAUGAACCAACAACCACAGUUUUACAAACAACCACCGUGUCACCAACGACUUCCGAGCAACCAACAACCACUAAUGAACCAACAACCACAGUUUUACAAACGACCACUGUCUCACCAACGACCUCUGAACCAACAACCACAAUUUUGCAAACAAGCACUGUGUCACCAACGACCUCUGAGCAACCAACAACCACUGAUAAACCAACAACCACAAUUUUGCAAACAACCACCGUGUCACCAACGACCUCUGAGCAACCAACAACCACAGAUGAACCAACCACUACAGUUUUACAAACAACCACUGUAUCACCAACGACUUCUGAGCAACCAACAACCACACAACCAACAACCACUGAUGAACCAGCAACCACAGUUUUACAAACUACCACUGUGUCAUCAACGACCUCUAAACAAGCAACAACCACUGAUGAACCAUCAACCACAGUUUUACAAACCACCACUGUGUCACGAACGACAUCUGAGCAACCAACCACUCAUAAACAAAUAACCACAGUUUUUCAAACAACUAUGUCACCAACGACUUCUGAGCAACCAGCAACCACUGAUGAGCCAACAGCCACAGUUAUAGAAGCAACCAAAGUGUCACCAACGACUUCUGGGCAGCCAACGAUCACUGAUGAACCAACAACCACAGUUUUACAAACAACCACAGUGUCACCAACGGCCUCUGGACAACCAACCAUCACUGAUGAACGAACAACCAUAGUUUUACAGACAACCACUUUGUCACCAACAACCCUUGAACAAUCAAUAACCACAUUGUCACCAACUACUGAACGACUAACAACCCAGCUGCCACUAACCACUGUGUCACUAGCAACAACAGUUCUGCCAGCAACUAGUGUUGAACCAACAUCAUCACACACUAACACUGUACAAUCAACAGCAGAUUUACAAACAACAAUCACUGAACUAACUACCCGUGGCGUAUCGCUAACCACAUGGCCAACCACUGAACAAAGAACAACCGGGGUGCUGUUAACAACCACUGUAACGCCAACCACCAAUGAUACGGCCUCCGGGUCACCAACAACAACCACCAAAGAACAAAAAAACACCUUGCCACCAACAACCAGUGACAAGUCAAUAACAACAGUACCACCAUCAACCGCUGACCAACCAACAGAGGUGCCGCUAACGACCACUGUAACACCAACUACUUUUAUACCAACAAAAGUAAAACCAACCACUGUAAAACCAACGGUGUCAUCAGUAACCUCUGAGCCAACUACCACACUACAAACAGCCAUCCAUGAACAAACAUCCCUACAACCAGAAACUACACAAAACACUUUAUCAGAAUUGCAACAAAGAAAAGCACAGUUACUUCAAGAAAUUGAAAGACUCGAGAACCAGAUUGCUGCCUCCAACGCCACUCUCACAGCUCUUCAAAAGACCAAUCAAGCCCUGCAACGAGUCAUUGAAGCCAUCGAGGAAGCCACUGGCAAUUCCGGAAGGAAGCGGCGAUCGCUUACUUACUCUAUCGAUCAAGAUGGCGACACUGUCACGGUCGAUCCAUACUGUGAGGUAAAUGAGGACAAUGCCGUCACUGGCAACCCAACAGAUCUGCUUCUUACAAUGAUCGAUGAUCUCUUCACCAAGCUGGCCAACCUCACAACCGACCAAAUCACUUGCUUCAAUCAACUCAUUGAGAAUUUCGCUACACUCAUAGAGAAUGGAACCUUUGUCAUCGAUUCCAGUGUAUUAGAUAACAUCACGGCCGCGGUCGAAGCAGCAAACAGCGUCGUGGGAGACCAAGUCCAGUCGGUUCAGUUGCUCGUCAAUAUUUUGCAAGAGCAAAUACAAAAUAAAACGGAUGAGCUUGACCAAGUGGAGAGCCAACUAGCAGCAACAACAGCUAACAUAAGCAAAUUUAGCAUGUCUGUAUGUUCAUGUACAUUCAAGAGAAAAAGUCAACAUUCACAGUUUUAUAUGUGUUACUUCAUGUCGCCCAUAGAUGGCGCAGUAUUUAUUGCAUCUAAAGUAAAAGACAGGUGA